ACACACACACACACACACACACAAAUAUAUAUAUAUAUAUAUGGUUACUGUGGUGUAUAUAUUGGCUAUGUAUUACAGGUUCUUCGGUGGUACCGUGUACCGGAGAUUGACAGUGUGAGAAAAAAAAAAAAAUCUCAAAAAAAAAGAGAAAAAAAUCUGAAAAAAAAAAGAAAAAAGGAGAAAGCCAGAAAGAGACGGAAGCGUGGUUCGCGCGACGCUGACGACAGCAAAUGGCAUUUUUUCAAAAGAUCUACACUGAUUACUUCUCUCGUACUCCCUGGACCUAGAUUCGAUCCUGCCAUGACGCUUUAACACAUUCGAUUGUCUGUUUACUUCUGUAUGAUCAGCAUCUCGCCUCUGCCAUCGACGAAUAUCUACAUGUAGCUAUCUUUUUUAUCAACUUCCAUCUUUCCCUGUCUCUCACUCUCUAAUAUAGAUUGUGUGUGUGUAUAUAUAUAUCUAUCUAUCUAUAUAUGUAUAUAUAUAUGUAUGUAUAUGUAUAUCGCACCUGCUGAGUGAAAAGAAAACGUUUUGAUCUCAAGUUAUUUCACUGGAAAACAGAAAGAAAACGGAGUAAGUUUGGCAUUUAAUUUUAGAGAAUAUGCUUAGAAGACACAACUGAAGAAAAUGGAUGGCAUAUGGUGCCAUGAAUGUGGACGCAGCAAUAAUCGGGACUGCCCUGAACAUGGACCCCUUCAAGACAUUCCGGACAGGGUCAUUCCUCCUAUGGCCCACCUCACACUGCCAAAAGGACUAGUUAUUCGACCAAAUCUCAAGACUCAUCCCCUAAAAGUUUCAGAAAGAGGAGUUUUUGCCAAACGUGUGAUACCAGCACGUUCCAAAUUCGGACCUGUUGUAGCCCCUCCUUUUCCAGCAGAUGCCAAUUACACACCUGUACAGACAAAUUCACUUAUUCUAAAGGUAUUUAAUGGUGGAGAAUCUAUUCAGUCGGUGGUCACACUGGACAUGACUGAUAACGGUCAGUGCAACUGGAUGAUGUUUGUACGGUCUGCCUGUCUAGCUGACACGCAACAGAAUCUAGAAGCUUACCAGUGUGAUGGAAAAAUAUAUUUUGUAGCAAUUCGGACAAUACACAUUGGAGACGAACUGAGGGUGGGCUAUGCUGCCAACUAUGCUCGGCUGAUGCUGGAGAAGAGUUGUCUAACCGUCUCUGAUUCGGUCCUCUCCGAUAUCAACACAGGUUCCGGCAUCAGCGAGGACUCCAGUGUUGAGUCUCACACCGUACAACAGGACAACUCAUAUGAUGAAGGAAUGGAGACUGUUUCCACAGAGUCCGAUGUCAAAGGAGAACUGCCUCAGCUACCAUUUCCUUCUGAUGUUGUUAGAGUCUUGGAGAGAAGUCGACCACGACGGCAUUUCAGUUUCACUUCGUCACGCGCCACCGGUUCAAAGAGUUCAGUUGCUGCAAAAGUUUGCAAAGAAAACAUCUCUAUCGACAACGUCAUCCAUGGUACCAAAAGCAAAGAUUUGAAAAUUGAGAGAAACGUUGACGUUCGUUCAAGUGCAACUCCACUGGAAGCCGGCGGCAUCGGUAACCAAAAUCUGAAACGCGUCACCCGGUCUUCUAAAGCAACGUUUGGUCAGAUGUUACUUGGCACUAGUGACACAGAUGACGUAGGUUCGAAAAUUACCAAGCUAGCCUUGAUCUCCCCUCCUUCAGUGAUGCGGAAACGUAGCCGGAAGAAUGAGUGUGUCUCGUGUAAGCUGGAAAGGAGGGGAGGCCAUGGUGGAGGUAACAACAAUAACUGUAGUAGUGGCGGUAGUGGAAGAAUGUGUGCACAUGGGCGGAAAGUGUUGCAUCGAUGCACAACAGAAAACUGCAGUAAAGUGUUCGUGUCGAAGUUCCUUCUUGAUCGACAUAUGCUCAUUCACAGUGCACCACGAAACCACAAAUGUUUUUUCUGCGAGAAGUCUUUUGGCCGGCGUGAUCACCUGACAUCACACCUGAACACUCACAAGCCGGACAAGCCAACAUGGGUGUGUAAACAGUGCGGCAAGCAAUACAUAUCCCGCUUUAUGCACAAGACACACAUGGCAAUGCAUGCAGCAGAGAAGGGUAAGAUUAACAACUGUCCGAUCUGCAAUAAGAAAUACGACAACAAGGAUGAUCUCUUACUACAUCUGAAGAUCCACGGUGGGAUUGUUUACCCGAAGGGCCUUGACAAAACCCAUAAGUGCUUGGAGUGCAGCAAGGUUUUUGCAAAGAGGAAAGACAUGAAACGCCAUCUGGUGGUACAUUCUCGCAAGAAGGAAUAUAAGUGCAUUUACUGUUCGCAGCUUUUUAGUCGUCGGGGUCAUUUGAACCUGCAUUUCCAGCGGUUCCACAGCCACCCGGCAGACUGCGGAGAAAUCUGUAGCAGCAGCAGCAGUAGUGUCAGCACGAAUGCUGUUUCUUUGCCAGCUGAGUUGUUAGAGUCGUGUCACCAUGACGCCAACCGAGAUGAGCCUCACCUUGCCAAUGUGUUGAUUCCCGAUGCCAGUAGUGACAGCUUGGUUGCCGAGACAACAAACACCAAUCCAGUCAGUACAAGUGAUGUUGCUAUGGCUGCAACAUUGCCCGACUCAAAUUCAACAAAAUGUGACGAUGAUGAAGAUGAUGAUGAGGAUGACGACGACGAUGACGAUGACGAUGUAGUAGGUGAUGACGAAAGUAAGAUGUCACCCCCUCCACAGACUGCCCUCUCUCGGUUGUCCAUUUCUGACAAAGACUUUUCUCCUGAAGAAGUUGAAUCAAUGAAAUUGUACAAGUCCAGUUUCAAUCCCACCCUUUUCUCCAAGAAUCCAUUUGAAAAAGCAAGUUGCAGUGAAGUCCCAGGGUUGUCAUCAGACGUCAUUCAGUAUGUCAGCACUGAUUCUAGUCAAUCAACUGCUUCCAGAGGGGUUCCUCGUCCAGCAUCAGGCACUGUCCCACCAUCAUCCCCUGUCAGUAGCCAUCAACAUCAACAGGGGUGUAGUACUACCUAUCCCUGCACACCUGAGAAAUCUGGUUUGGCAUCAUCAACUGCAACUGUUUCUCCCCCACUGUUGUCCUUGUCGAACAUUGAAACCACUGAGCAGCAUUUGUAUAAUGUACAGAAAAAACAGUUAUACACCCCUGGUACGGUCCCAGCAGCCACAUCUCUAUCGGAUACCCAGUUGAACAAGGACAGCCUACUGACCCCGUCUUCUGCCCCUGAUUUUGACACCACCACUGCCACUGGAGCAAAGUCACAGCACAGAGAAGGAGACAGACGCUUGGCAGCGUGCCAGAAGUACCUAGAGCAGUUGCAGCUGUAUCGUGAAGGACUGGCACCUCAACCCAACCAAGAUAAAACCCUCUCAGCUCCAGACGUCACGUGUGAAUCUUCGUCCUCGAUGUGGCCCGCCGAUGCCACAGACAGCAAGCAAUUGUCCAUUGUCGACCAUACGAACACCAAAUCAUUUUAAACCGAUGAAUCAACACUCAAAUAGCAACAACAGCAACAACGACAACAACAAUGUCGAUGAUUGAUGAUAAUGACAACAACAAAUUGUUAUAAUAAAAACAACUAAUCAUUACCAAAAAUAACAUUAAUAAUAAUAAUAGUAAUAACUUUAAUAACAAAGACUUAUAACUUAAUCAUGAGAACCACAAAGGCUUUUGUGGAAAGAACAAAAACUUAAGUCACGCCUGCAUUUGACCAGCAUUUAUUUUCUUGAUGACUUUGCUGGUAGUAUGUAUGGGCUAUAUAUAUAUAUAUAUAUAUAUAGGGAGAGUUUACGAAAAAACAAAAGAUGAAGACAGGUGGUGUACAAAACAAACAG